AUGGGCAAAUACCGAGUCGAAUCAGUUCACUUCGGUGUCGUUGCUCGUUUUCAGGUACUUUCCUUUCCUUAUAAACUUGCUAUUAGAUUGCAGAUUCAGGAAGCCUAUCCUUCUGAUUAUCAGUGGGCAAUCACCUUGCUUGUUUACAAUUACAUGCAGAGAUCUUUAGAGGGGUAUCCUGGUGUAACACCAUUUGAAGGAAUGACAUAUGGAGUUGCAGCAAUUGUUAGUGAAUUCCCAAAAGAGCCAAAUUCAUGGAAUGAUUUACACGAUGAGUUAGAGCCAUGUAACAAGCUUCUAGAUUUACUUCUCAGACUUCUCUCACUAGUUGAUAUUCAGGUGUUGCCAAGUUUGAUGAAGCUUUUAGCACAACUGGUUGUCGAGCUUCCUGAAGAUGGACAAAAUAUGGUGUUGAAUGACUUAUUUGCUCAAGUUGCUGAUUCAGAUGAUGUGACACGGAAACCAACACUUGUUUCUUGGGUGACACAAAAGUUAUUGUUGUUGUUUAUGGACCCAAAGAUGGAACUAGGAAAAACGAAAACCCUAAAAAGGCCUUCAUUGAAGUCAUCUGGAAGCCAAAAACCGGACAGAGUGUCCAAAUCAUUAUCCCUUCCAGAAGUAGCUGCUGCCAUUUCAGUCUUGCUUGGUUUUGCACCUCCUUCUACAUUUUCCCGACGAAAGGCGCAGCCGGUCACCGACGACAAUGAUUAUGCCCUACAACGUCAACUUGCAGUUGUCGACGUUGUAACUCCUAUUUCACAUUCCAUUUCUAAUUCAGAUUCUUCUGCGAUCACUCCUUUAUCCUCACCGUUUUCUCUUCCUGACGGCUGGUUCGUCCACCCGGUCCCCCGCUCCGAUGGCCUUCGCGUCGACAAGUAUUACAUUGAGUCAGAAACAGGGCGCAAAUUUCGAUCUAGAAGAGAGGUUAAGAGAUACUUGAAUGUUGAAGAAUAUAAAGCUACUAGAUCCAGGCCUUUGAGACUUGCUUACAGAAUUAAGAAUACGUUGGAUCUGAAGAUGAUUACAUCUCAAGCAAAUUAUUACAAUGAUCCAAAUACUGAACGAAAGUUCCGAUCUUUAAAAGAUGUUGAGAGGAACCUUACAAAAGGAUCUACAUCUACUAAAUCAACCACCAAGAGGCUAAAAUACCAUGAAAAGCAUCUGCAGAGUUGCAGUAGUCGAAAGAAAAUUGUCUCUAGAGGAAAGAGGCUGGAUUUUGAAGAGGAUAAAUAUAAUCAAUAUCAAUUAGUAAAUGUAACUCCCACAAGUUUUCAAUCCUCCUCAACUUUCACUCUCCCUGAUGGUUGGAUUGUAGAGGAAGUCCCCCGAAAAACUGGAGACCAUAUUGACAGGUAUUAUUAUGAGCCAGGGACUGGACAGAAGUUCAGAUCCUUGACAGCUGUCCAGAAGCACAUAGCAGAACUUGAAGAAAAUGCACCUUUAUCUGUAGUACUUGAAGAGCUUAGAGAAAAUAAUUUACCAAUUGCCAAGGCUUUUAAAUUAAGCAAUUCUAUAAAGAAUCAUGGUUCAUAUGAUUCAUGGAAGAAAAGUGUUUUGAAAAAGGAUGAAGGUUCAUCAUCAUUUACCACUAGUCCUCCAAGCAAGAUCAAUUGGGUUAUUGCUAGUAGUGGAGGGCAAAAUUGGGAUGCUUUUAUUGGUGAUAAUCCGAUUCCGGAUUCUUUAAAGCAAGAAUGGAAUGAGAGAUUCCUGUUGGCCAUUGGUAAUGGGAAUCAGAAUGAAUCGGUUUCAGCAUAGCAAAGGAAUUUUGUAUUUGCUCAUUUGGUGUAAAAUGGUUACAAGAUUGGGUCACGGAAUCUGUUAGGAAAUGGAAUGGAA